GGAGACCUCUCCCUCGAGCUGAGCCUGCUGUCGCUUCAGGGGUCCCUGUCCAGCCCGGGCAGUCCCCAGGUGCUGCGCUGCCAGCUGUCACUGUUUGAGGUGUACUUCUCGUCGUGGGACGCCGAGGGACAGCGCACUUUCGUGCGGCUGCUGGCCCAGAAGGACCCGAGCUUCGUGCGGCGCUUCCUGAUUUCCCUCGAGCAGCGAGAGCCACUGCUGGCCGCUACGCUGGCGCCCCUCUGAGACGGCGCAGACGAGAACCGUACACGCGGCCGAGAUGCUGAGCCAGAAGGGACCCGCGUGCAGUGCGGCGGAGCAGGCCGCCUACCUCGUGAGCUGGUUUGGCGAGUACAGCGAGCUCCAGCGCGACGACUUCCUGCGCGUCCUGGCGCGCAAGUACGUCCACAACGCGGGCCUCUCGGGGCUGCUGGACGAGCUCUCUCUGGGGCAGCAGAGGGCGCCCUCACUCUUCCAGUGCCGCAUGACCCUCUUCGAGGAGUGGUUCCAGGGCUGGAGCGACGAGGACAAGGCUGCCUUCCUGGAGCGCCUGCGUGCCAUGGACCCAGAGUUCGUGGAGCGCAUAGCGGACGCGUCGUUGUCUGCUCCCUCGAACGGCGUCGCUUACGAGAACCACCACGCGUCGGUCGUGAGGGUCAACGGCGACAUUUUAGGGGAUGAGGAAGAAGAAGAAGAGGAGGAAGAAGUUGAAGAAGAGAAGGAGGUUCCGCUUCGCGAGGAUGCGCGUGAGCUGGAAGAGAAGGAGGAAGGAUCGUUCGAGGAUUCUGAAGAGGACAAGCUGAACGGAGUGGUCGCCGAAGAGGUCGGGAACGGCGAGGAGCUCGUGCUUUGAUGACGUGUCUGUCGAUCCACGAGGACGCGCGGCCGAGGUUGAGCGAACACUUCGUCGAUCUGUGAAAGUGAAAGGGACGCCGUUAUGCGAGUGGAGACUCUUGCCGGGAUGUGUGCUGGCGGACUUUUUCUCUCCUAUCCUAUGUUGAAGCGUUCAGUUUUGAGUAUUAUUGAUUGGGGCGAGUUGUGGCAAAAGAGCUGGUGUAUCAAGGCGGGUAGAUCCACGAAAAAAAGCCUUUAAAAAAACAAGCUCUUUAGUUACUGAUGGGGUGAGAAUGGCGGGGAGGUCUUUCAAGCUUCGAUGGCACUCUGCCGUCUCGUAAGUUACAAGUGUGCAUGCACCUGUCAGACCACGAUGGAAGGCAGCAAGCGUGUGCCAAAGGCCAGGUAUCCAACAGAGACGCCUCGCCAUCGUCGUGCCGUCAGUGGCUCUGGUGGUUAACCUGGGGCUACCUCUAUCUUUUGACGUUUGUUUGGUCCACCGUUACCCCUCUACUCGCAAAUACUAGCUUACAGAGUUGGGACUUUCAAAAGUUGAUAGCCGUUAUUCAUGGACACUUGCUAGCGAUGGUUUCGAGACUCCCAACACAAUGCCCGUGAGAGCAAGAACGGAGGCGACAUUCUUUGGCCGAAGAACGGCAAGCGCGACUUUGUCGUCUGCUUUUCAUUCCACGAGCGGAGGCGUCAAUCCGAGGCAGCCAGCAACCUUCGACAAAUUUCGAGGUACACAUGCUAGUCCCGACAAGGGGUAUCAUUCUUCGAGCCAUGUGGUGCGCGUCUCCCAGGGAAGUGAGCUAGGUAAAAGGUGUUGUCUCAGGGGUGGAACAAACUAUGGACCUGUCGAGAGCAGCUGGUUUGAGGGCCUCUAAAAGUCCCAGAGGAUCUUUUAUUCUGUAGCGGUGAGCUCGAGCAAGGCGCGUCAUUUCGAUGCCCCCUUUUGCUGGGCGUACGAAGCACGGGAGCUGGCUUCCAGCAUGGGCUCGGGUCCUCGUCUUGCCAUUUCUAGACAGACUUCUCUGUCGUGGUAGUAGUUGCCCUUUCCAUUACGGAUUUGAAAUUCUUUUAUUUCAGUAAGCAGAGUGCUUGCUUGGCCGAAUGUCUUGGAAUCUUUGCCGUGACAUUUGCACCGCCGCUUCGAUCAUUCCUUUGCUAAGACAUCGCAGAAGGUUUUUUUUGUCUGCACUCUUGCAUUUUUCAACAGCAUUACGUUUUGCGGUUUUUUGACCACUGGGCUCGCUUUCUGUAUUUGCCCAAGUUUUUCAAGGGGAACUUGCGGACAGUAUUAUACCCUGUUUGGCACAUUUCACAGGAAGAAUUGGUGACAAUUAACCGCCUACUGAUUAUAAGAGUAACUGCAAACAUUGCACUUGCGAAGUGGUUACUCCCAUGUUUAAGCAUGUUUAAUCAUGAAAUACCAACUAGCCCAAACUUCUACUUUAGUCUGCACCACAGUGGCAACAGCUGAGAGGGAAUGGACCUCCAAACGGCUGCUGACCUUUACAAAAGGUUGUGCAUAUUAGUUGUGCCCGAGCGAUCCUAUUCUUACGUGAAAAUUUCAAAAUGGCAGCCUUUCAAAACAUGUUUGUACACGACGGGAAACUUUCAGUUGAGUGACUAACCUCCACGGGUUUUUUGUGAAGGCUGUUGCCUGCAAUACUGUCAUUGUUCCCGGGCGUGCAUGCCCGGCGAGACAUUGACACAUCAUUGAGCAUUCUUUCAUGAGCAUUCCAAGCUUGGCAGUUCAGUAACAUUAUCGGGGAAGGAGGGGCUUUUGUUUGCUUGCAUCAAUGAAGUUGCGUGCUUGCUAUUCUUGCAGUCUGCUUUUUUGCAGCCUCUAUUUCUGAUCAAAAUGAUGCGUUGCACUUCUGUGUUAUUGCCUAUGGCCAAGCUUAAAAAGAUUAAUAUUUUCUUUCUGAAAAUUUAUGGAAGUGAUUGUAUUUACCGUAUCACUGUCAUGGAGCCGCAUCAGCAUGUGGUGGCCUGUUUGUGUGGCGGUCAUUUUAUAUGGUGUUCAUUAAGUUUUUGACAGCACAGCCUAGAAAGAAAAAUGCUUCCAGUGGCGUAGUUGGCUACAAGAGGGACUGUACCACCGUGCUGCUAAGCAGGCAACGAAUAUAACGGGCAGCUAUGGUAUUUCUGCAAAGAUUAUGAGUAUUCCACUCGGAACUGGGGGCUGACAUCAGUAUUGUAAGUGGACUUUCUUUUAGCCCAAGCAUCUCAAGGAAGCCACGAGCAGCUUUGCUAAUACUUUACCAUUUUAGCAUUUUAUAAAGAACACAAUGAGUGCACGGUUAACUUGGCACCUUGGGGUAGCCUUAAGUUGUGGCAAGAUCUUUUUUUUUUUUUUUUUUCGUAUGGUUGACAUUUGCAUGUUUGCCAUUUUUGCUGCUCACUUUUACUCUGGAGUACAAACCUAUUCCUGAGCGGAACUUUUUUGCAUGUGAGUGUAUGGUGUUCGUCUAAUGGCAAUAUCUGCCUCAAUAAUGGUACUAUUGGUAUGAUUGUCAGUUUUAUUCUGAAAUAAAAGGUAUCCUGUACGA